GCCGAGUCGUUCUCCACCUCUCGACCUUUGGUAUCACUCACCUCUCAAAUAUGUCGCAAGCAGCGAGCGCAGCCGCCAACCAGGGCAUGUCCAAGUGGCAGAAGUUCCUCAACCACGAAGUCGGGCCAAAGACCGUCUUCUUCUGGGCCCCCGUCGCCAAGUGGGGCCUUGUUGCCGCCGGCAUCAAGGACCUGCAGCGCCCCGCUGACAAGCUCUCCCUGACGCAGAACCUCGCGCUUGCCGCGACCGGAUUUAUCUGGGUCCGCUACUGCAUGGUCAUCACGCCCGUUAACUAUGCGCUCGCCGCGGUUAACUUUUUCGUCGGCACCACUGGUCUUGUGCAGCUCGGCCGUAUCUACAAGUGGCGCCAGGAGCACCCAGUGCUCGCCGCGAUUGAGGACAAGGUCGACUCGAAGAAGUAAAGGCGUGUUUGUAUGCAUAGAGGUUGGCACUGUUAGCACUCGUGAUGGCGUCGGCGCGGCUGCGGACUAGCAUGCCAAGUGCGGAGAUGUGUCCCUUGAUGAU